AUGAAAAUAAAUUAUGGAGUAUUUUUGGUCUUAGGAUGCCUCUUGAUUGUUUUGAGCUUGGCUGUUGCUCAUGCGGUUCCUGUGCCCGCUCCCCAGCAAAUGUCCUUGGAAGUCCCAUCAGAUUUGCUGUCGAGCGGGUAUGAUGAACCGCCGGAGAUGGAGGGCCUUCUCCCAAAGCCAAAAACAGAGGAAGAGGAAAUAUUCGACGACAAUGAGAUUGGUGAAGUCGUUUUGGAGGGAUUUGAUGAGGGCAGUGGAGAGGACUGUGAUAAACUGCCCUACGGACCGACCACGCAGGCAGGAGAAGGCCGCCUGACUCCUGGCUUAGUUUUUGGCGUCCCAAUAAGUCUAUUGCUUAUCCAGCUGCUAUCAUAA